UUGGUGUCGCUGUUUUUCACUUUCAGCUAUUCUCCUCUGAAAACGACGGAAGAGCCAUUUGAUUUGACCAAGGUGAAAUCUCCUAUAGAAAAUACGCAAGACUUAUGGGUUGAGAAUAACAAUUCAGCCUGUAAAACUAACCUGUGUGAGAUCAUGGUAUCUAUCGAAGAUGCGACUCAAAGCAAUCAUGUGCGACCCUUCGCAAGACCUGGUAGCCAUAAGUCAGAUCAUCCAGGAGAACCGAUCAACCUUUCUUUCAGCACUGCUCAGGCCGUGGACAAACUCAGAACUAACAACAAUCCUGCCACGGUAUUAGAGAAACGCAUCAAUUUCGAAGACGAACCAUUUCUUUACAGAUGCGAUUACUUAUGUGAAGACAAGAAUGAUCCACGAGAUUUUGCACCACACAAAAGAAAAGAGGAAGAAUAUAUUGACUCAGACUUGUCUGAUUUAUCCUCGUCCAAGGAACCUAUCGAUGUCUAUGUCCCCUCGCCAACCGUUCCCGCAUUCAGUGCUUCUGACAGUGAAUGCAGUCAGAUGACAAAACACCGUUCCAUCCCCAAAAAAGAACCUGAUUCACCAAUCUGGGUUGAGAAUCCCACAAUGAAGAAGGCAGACAAAGAUCCGUACUUUUGUUAUGAAUGUUACCAGAUUGCAGAGUCCAGCUCGAGUGGAUAUCAGUGUUGUGAUCCACUGAGCCGUUCAUGCAAUAUCCCAGAGCACUAUUCUGUUCAGUGUACUUCGCCUUACCAAUUCAUCAACUUUUCGGAUUUUAGCAGUUCUGGACAGAAUGAGAGUUCUGAUCAGUUUCACAGCCCAUACCACCAAUGUUAUUGUCAGUAUCCGACGGGGAUUCUAACUGCCGAUCUAAUAACUGCCAUGUCAACAUCGGCUGAUAGUUCCUCGACCUACUGUGAACACGUCCCAUGGUACCGACGACUUUGGGAUCUCAUAAGAAUGUGUUAUCAAAAAGAACAUCGAGAAGCGCCAUGUCCUUAUAGGAGACCUGCCCUGCGCUUGGAAAACCCCAGCGGACGUGGUCAAUGGCUGAAACGACAUUCCGAUAGUUCGGUGAAGAUCCGGUGGCAAAAUCUUUCUAGAAAAAUGAGCAGUGGUCUCAAAUCGGCGGCCGAGGUGUUUCGACUGGGAGUACACAAAAAAGUGGACAAAUCUCAAGAAUCUCAAGAAUCAUCUGAUUCGAAAAAGUCGGUGGACAGGCAGCUAGACCAGAAACGUCGCGUCAGCUUAUAUCGUAAGAGAAGUUUGAGACCAAGCUGGGCACAAAUAAGGUCUAUGAACAGUAUUGAUUCCCGAAAUCGAAGGCACGCACGGAAAGCACUGAGGACCAUCAGUUUUAUUCUCGGCGCUUUCAUGAUGUGUUGGACACCUUACCACAUAAUUAUGAUGAUUAAGGGAUUUUGCGAUGACUUUGAGACGCACGGGAGCUGUGUCAGUCAUCAUUUGUACAAUUUGACCUACUGGCUAUGCUACAUGAACUCACCGAUAAACCCCUUUUGUUAUGCAUUGUCGAAUGCCUCGUUCCGAAGGACAUUUUUUCGAAUUUUGAAGGGCAAUUUUCAGCGCAAAUGA